CACUGGGGUAAUCGCCAGCUGCAAAGAUCGGAGCUGUCCACUUGAAGAGGUACCAACCGAAAGGGAAGGUGUUACCAUGCAGCGAACGACAGGUGUGAAAACCGCGAUGGUAAUUGGUGAGUAUUUAAAGUCUACCGGUGAUUUGGGGUAUGUUUAGCUUCUUUUUACUGAGCCUCAAGCAGGUGAAUUUCCUUUACUACUACUGUGAUACCUGACCUAUAAAGAUAGACUGUAGCUCCCCAAUGUAGAGUAAGUAGCAAAAGUGGUCAAGUUAAAUAGAGGUAUGAUAAUAUCCAUAUGUUUAGUAUUUGCAUUUGCCAAAUAAAUUAGUGAAUUGGCAGCCUACGGUAAACUUGCUUGAAAUAAUGCUACACAAUCUACCCACUGGGCAAAAACUGGUUUAAUCAACUAUGUUUCCACGUCAUUUCAACGGAAAAAAAAAAUCUAUAUAAUUUUACAUUUAGCAGACGCUCUUAUCCAGAGCGACUUACAGUUAGUGAGUGCAUACAUUAUUAUUUUUUCAUACUGCCCCCCCGUGGGAUUCGAACCCACAACUCUGGCGUUGCAAGCGCCAUGCUCUACCAACUGAGCUACACGGGGCCCGAUGUGAUGAUGCUGAAUCAACGCGGAAAACUGAUUGGAUUUGCAAAAAGUCAUCAAUCUAAGGGCAUUUCUUUUCUUUUUUUUACCCAACUUUUAACCUAAAUCCAAUGAAAUUGGGAUUUUUGUUUGUUUGUUGAUUUUACAUUGAAUUCACAAUUUAGCAAAAUGUAAAUCAAAACUGGACCUUGAACUGAGGUCUGUGCCCAGCCAGUAGUUUAAAGGGGAACAUAAGGACAAAAGUUUUGUAUUCAAAUUCAAGCAGUAGCCUACUUUUCAGCUUGCUCAGUGUGAAAUCCACUCAUAAGAGAAGGAUGGGGAAGGUGUUCUAUCUACCAAAACGUUGGAGAAGAGUUCAAUCCAAAGAAGAUAACUUUAAAAAUGUUGUAUUCAAACUUUUUUUGUAAAUAUCUUCCAGUAGUUCUUGUUUACCAGAUAACCAGCAUCCAGAUUUCAUCCAGAUCCACAGGCUGUUUGGCUUUUAUGGAGACCUGCCUAUCAGAGUCAGCUUUCUGUGAGAAAACAUCUCUCAGAAACAUCUGUAAUCCUAAAGGUAAUUUUUUUGCUGUAAGGGAUUUAAUCUGUUUUAUUUGAUUACUGGGACUUAACCAUAUUUCCAUUCUUUGAGUGAAUAAAAUACUAUCAAAAGCCAUGGAACAUAAAUUAAAUUACAAAAACAUAAUGUUCGAUUCCACCCCUGUACGAUAUUAAGGAAACCUAAUACCACUGAAGCAAUAGCCUCAAGCCUAUAGUCUUAUGUGGAAAAUGGAUUUCCCACCUGUUAUUGCCUAGAGCAGAUGAAAUUGUUGUCUCAGCGAGAGGAUAAAUAAAACCUCAAUGACUGUAAUUCUGGGAGCUGUAGGCUACAUUGUUGUGAGAAAUGGAUUGGACAUUUACAUGUCCGUCUUUCUUUGGACUCCCACAAAGCUACGUCAAACCUUCCCAGAAAUUAUUUGUGUUUAUUCUGAGAUAAUCAAACAAUUCCUUUUGCCAAUUACAUGGUGGGGGGUAGCCCAGCCUUGAAAAAAUAAACACCUGUUGCACAGAAUACAUAUCAGUGCCAAUGUGCAUCUAUUUAACUGCCUUUGAAAAUCUGGUUUUUCUACCUCUUCUCCUUUGUGCUCAAAUCCAGAUGGAAGUUGCCAAAUAAAAGGCUCAAAGGUCUGUAAUAUGACCAUCCACUCCAUUCUUGACCAAUAUCCUACCGUGAGAGGGUGUCUGUGUGCAUGGGAGGAGCCCUGUACCUCUCUGGAACUACUCACAUCACAAUGCCUCCCUGAGACAGGUGAACCCAUUCUCUCAUACAUGGUACAGAUGUAGGAUCUUCAUUUGAUCACCCUGUUGGAGAAGAACUUUAAAAUUAAUUAAAAACAUGGUGUAUUUGAGGUUUAAAAGGCUUCUGAAGUUUAUAAUUUCCACUUCUAAAUUUCAGACUUGAUCUUCCCUUUAGAAAAACGUAUCAACCCCUACAAAAAAGUCAAUUAAUUAUAAUCCACAUAAUAAUUCACAUUUCCUGUUGCUGCAGGAUUAUUUUCCUGUUGUAGCAAACUGGCUCAAAUUAACAUCCUACAUCUGUACAUGUUGUUUUAGUUGUUCUAUCAACAUAGGCAACACUUAAAUUAGUUGUAUUCUUCGUAAGGAAUCAAUGAAGUACAAAAUGAAGCAAACCUAGUACGGUAAAUGUGACCCUCCUUUGGUGAUACAUACAUUACAUGUCCCUUUUACAUUACAAUACAUCUGUAUUUGUAGAUGGUCAAGCCCUGAGCAGCUCUGUUAGAUCCCGCUGGAAUCCUAUGAAGGAACAACCAAUAACCACCAGAGAUAGCUGUCUGUCUGCCCUUCAUAGUUGCCAGAAGUCCCACCACUGUGCAUUGGUGUAUAAGAAGUUGAAGGACUCAUGCCAGAAAGGAAAAAAACUGUGCAACUCUCCAAGCUCUCAGGACCACUGUCUGUCAUUGUGGAUGGAACUCCAGAGCACCUCUCUGUCUAAUUGUACAUGCACCAUGAGCAGAAGAAAGUGCCAAGGGAUAUGGAGUGUUGUGAACAACAACUCCUGCAUUCAGAACGCACUGGAGGCAUUGGGUUCAACGGGUCUACAUGAUUUAAAGGACAGGUCAAAUACAAGAAAGAAGUUAACUGGUAAUGGUAAGACACUCAUUUUAUCUUCUGUAGUUUACAGGGUAUUGAUACACUUUUAUUUACUUUUAAAAUGGACAUACAGUACCAGUCAAAAGUUUGGACACACCUACUCAUUCAAGGGUUUUUCUUAAUUUUUACUAUUUUCUACCUUGUAGAAUAAUAGUGAAUACAUCAAAACUAUUAAAUAACACAUAUGGAAUCAUGUAGUAAAAAUCUAUUUUAUAUUUGAGAUUCUUCAAAUAGCCACCGUUUGCCUUGAUGACAACUUUGCACACUCUUGGCAUUCUCUCAACCAGCUUCAUGAGGUAGUCUCCUUGAAUGCAUUUCAAUUAACAGGUGUGCCUUGUUAAAAGUUAAUUUGUGGAAUUUCUUUCCUUUUUAAUGCAUUUGAGCCAAUCAGUGUAUUGUGACAAGGUAGGGGGGGUAUACAGAAGAUAGCCCUAUUUGGUAAAAGACCAAGCCCAUAUUAUGGCAAGAACAGCUCAAAUAAGCAAAGAGAAACGACAGUCCAUCAUUAGUUUAAGACAUGAAGGUCAGUCAAUGCUGAACAUUUCAAGAACUUUGAACGUUUCUUCAAGCACAGUCGCAAAAACCAUCAAUCGCUAUGAUGAAACUGGCUCUCAUGAGGACCCCCACAGGAAUGGAAGACCCAGAGUUACCUCUGCUGCAGAGGAUAAGUUCAUUAGAGUUACCAGCUUUAGAAAUUGCAGCCCAAAUAAAUGCUUCACAGAGUUCAAGUCACAGACACAUCUCAACUGUUCAGAGGGGUCUGUGUGAAUCAGGCCUCCAUGGUCGAAUUGCUGCAAAGAAACCACUACUAAAGGACACCAAUAAGAAGAAGAGACCUGCUUGGGCCAAGAAUGUGUCCUUUGGUCUAGAGUCCAAAUUUGAGAUUUUUGGUUCCAACCGCCGCUUUUUUGGUUACUACAUGAUUCCGUAUGUGUUAUUUCAUAGUUUUGAUGUCUUCACUAUUAUUCUACAAUGAAGAAAAUAGUAAAAAUAAAGAAAAACCCUUGAAUGAGUAGGUGUGCCCAAACCUUUGGCACGUACUGUAGGUAUAAGUGGCUGGCUUUAUACCGGUUUUGAAUCUUUCUCCCAUAUAGCACAACAGAAGAAGAGUUCAAUUGUGGACUGGAAAAGUAGCAGUCUGAAAGAAUAUGGUAUUCAAUUUAUUAUCCUCAUGUUCAUACAUUUAGAACAAAAUGUGACGAUUAUAACUAUUUAUGUUACUGGAAAUAUUGUAGUUUGGGCUAUAAACUGUAGCAUUUACUCCAGACCCCUAUUUUUCAGUUCAUGACAUUGAUGGGUCCUGUUUGCAACAGAUGACAAUCUGCCUCCAUGAUGAGGUCUGCAACAGGCGAAUGGUUCCUCUUGUGCAGACGUGUUCGGCAAAGCAAUGCAACAGCACUCACUGUCGACAGGUCACUCAACAGCUCUACGCUGGUCUGCCAUACAACAUCGCAGAAAUGUUCGUCCUCUGUGAAUGUGACCCAGGCGAUCCGGACUGUCUGCAUAUGAAGGAGGGUCUGCACAGUGGCACAUGUGGAGAACAUUUGGAGGAGGCCAGGACCCAGAUCUGUCUGGAAAUCUUUGACAACUGCCUGCGGGAGGCGCUCUGCAGGUUUGUAUUGGACAAUCGUGAUACAACAUUUCUAGAAGUCUGCAUGGGAUUUCUCUGAUGUUUUCAUGUAGACAUUGUAGUGCCUGUCUGGGUCUUUUUGCUGUAUGACUUAUUAUAUAAAUAUAAAUUAACAGGAACCGUUUAGAAGCUCUCCUAUCAAACUGCUGGGAUACUGAAGACACGCCAUGCAGUGAUUAUGCUAUGGAUGAAUGUACUAGUCUUCUGGAUCCUGCUCUUAUUCUUGGAGGAGAUGCCGAGUGCAGAAUGGCCUUGAUUGCUACAAUGGGCACAGCACUUCAGCAUCCCUGUACAUGUGAUGGACUUCACAACAAAGACCUACUCAAGUGUGACAUGAUGCAUCAAGUACUUCACAACCGAACGCAUUUUAGUGAGUGACGUCCACAGUUAACUACAAAACUACUUAUUGUAGUAUUUAUAUGGUGAAGUUUGUUCCCCAAUGGAUGUGUGUAUUACAUUUACAUUGGACAUUUUAGUCAUUUAGCAGACGCUCUUAUCCAGAGCGACUUACAUUAGAGCGUUCAUCUUAAGAUAGCUAUGUGAGACAACAACAUAUCACAGUCGUAGCAAGUACAUUUUCUCUCAAUAUUGAAGUUAUCAGCAAAGUCAGUGGGGGGAGGGGGACAAAUAGUUUGUGUUCAUGAUAAAAAAUUGCUGAAGAUCUAACAGUUUAAAAAAUAUAUAUUUCAGUGUCACCAGUGAAGAAAGAUAGGACUCCAUAUGUACCACCUCCAGUGAGUGAAUCAGGAUCAGGAUACGAAUGGUUGAGUGGUAAUGUUUUAAGUUAUCCUUCAACUGUAACUCUAAAUGUCAGCACUGUAAUGGUUGUUGUGUGUAUUCAAAAUGUUAUUGAGACAGUCAAAUCAAUUGACAUUCACCACGAGAGCUUCCAAUUAAAGUGUAUUUUGUUUUUUCAGAUCAACUGUUGUAUGUUUUUGCAUACAUACUGCUUGUUGCAGUAGUACUGAUGGCAGUCAUGAUUGUUUUUCACAUACGGUAAGUAAGUAUACAUUAAUAAUGGAUGCAGAUUAGAAUGCUUAAAAAUUACAAUUGUUUGAUACAUUGCUUUUUUUUCUAAUAGGACACACAGAGGGAACGAAAAGCCCCAAUUUCACCCUCCUGAUAAAAAUGGUGUUGUAAUUUUCGGACCAUGUUGAGACUCAAACACGCAUGUAACUGUGUAUAUAUUGUGUAUAUGAUUAUGGUACAGUAUGCAAUGGUAUAUGUCUGAUAAUGCAGAACCUGCAUUUUCUGAUCUAAUUUAGAUUUAUUGGUAUCUAAUGGCUUUUUGAAAAUACUAUUUUUAUCAACAUUUACUUAGCUAGUUAUACUAAUAUUUCAAAACAUGACUCUGUUUUAAGAUAAUUUUGUGCAAUUAAAACAAAUGUACG